AUGGCCUCCUCUAAUGCUAUGUUGCUUUCGCUUGUCCUUGUGUUUGUCUUCAUCGGUCCCUCUUUGGCAAGGCCUUAUUACCAUGGCUACAGAACCGUUGAGCUGAGGACGAUAUGCGAUGGCACCAUAAAUCCUCAAUAUUGCUGGGAUAAUUUGAGUCCUGGUUAUGGCACCGGUACCACAGAAGAUUGUUAUCGCGUUGCCGAUGGGUCCAUUGACGUGGCCUGUAACAGCGCUAGAGAGAUUCAUGACUUACUCGGUAACAUGGUCGAGAGCACGAAUGAUCCUCAACUAAGAACACUUUACAGGUCAUGUGCCGCAAGAUAUAACACAGCCAUCCGCGACCUCGAACAUGCAAAGAAAUACUUGCUCUCUGGCGACUAUCAGCGUGUGGCGUACGAAGCAACACAUGCCUUGCAGGAUGUCAGUGAAUGCAAAGAGAGAUUUCCAGGAUAUUCAUAUGGCGGUGGCUUUCCAGUCUUGCAGACUCUUCCCUUGUCAUUGAAAUGGAAAAAUCUAUCUACUACUUUAAAACAGAGGCAUGUAGAACUUGCUUUUUUGAAAAAGAAGAGCUCAGAUUGCAUGGCAUUGCAUGUCAACAAGAGGGCUGUUCUCUUUGCUGCAAGUUUCAGCUGCAGUAUCCCUAGAACCGAUGCUGGCUUCUACAUAUCGUUGAGGGGUGAUGGUGAAGUCAUGCAAACACAAGAUCUCCAGGUUGAAGGGGCUUGCUUGAUCAUGGUGCCUAUUGGGGAAUAUUCUUGCUGUGCAGCUUGUGCCACCAUGUUGCUUUAG